UAUGGAAUGUUUAGAUUAUCCUUUGAAGAAGACCCACAAAUACAAUGGAUGAUAUUGUAGAUUCCUUAAACAAUGCAUAUCAAGAGUUCGUUGCAUCAGCUGCUAGUGUGCUUGAAGCUAAAGAAACUUCUGGUGGCGAAAAGACUACAACAACAGACACUGCUUUAGAAAACUUCAAGCAGAGGUGGGAAUUGUUUAGAGUUUCUUGUGAUCGAGCCGAGGAAUUUGUCGAAUCAGUUAAGCAGAGGAUAGGUUCAGAAUGCUUGGUGGAUGAGGCAACUGGUUCAAUAUCUGGGAAGUCAGGACAGACUGCUGCUACAACUGGUCUUCCACCCAUAAGUGCAGUUCGUUUAGAGCAGAUGAGUAAAGCUGUUAGAUGGCUUGUUAUUGAACUUCAACAGGGUUCUGGAACUGCUGCUGCUGGCUCAUCGUCGCAUACACACCCAACUGCGCCUUUUGAUGCAAGAUUCCCCGAAGAUGCUGCUCAAUAGAGAUUUCUUGUUUUUGUUCCAUAGUUCUAGAUUCUUGUUUUGGCUUAAAAGAUUAAUUGUUAGUUCUGAAUUUUAUAAACAAUUAUGCUGAAACUUGGUUAUCUCUGUAUCUUUGUAGUUCUUAAUUAACUCCUUCCUACCCAUUUG